AUGAAAUCAGAAUCAAUUGUUGUGUGCGCGCACACGUCUUUCGUGCUGUUUCAAGUCUUUAUUGUUUUUAAACCGGAUAGAGAUCUUUCUGGCGUUGAAGUAGAAACAGGUGGUAGACUGCACAACAUUUUUAGUCGCGUAAAUGUAUUUGGGGAUAUGAUCGGGUCACGAUGGCGUCUGAUGGCGUCCAGUGCAUUAAAAGGCAACGUGUCACCGUUGCUUGUUACCAGCCGUUUGAGUUUUUGUUUGCGAAUUCGUCAACGACGUUAUCAACUUCUAGUCUACGCCGUCGAUGGACGACG